AGACCACCGGGGUGGCCGCUAAACACAUUCCGAGGUGGUUGUCGGUCGUCGAGAUUGGCUCGUAAAUUGUCCAAAUUAAUUCAUAGUGGCACCGAUGGCGACACCUACUCGUUGUCACCGUUACACCUCGCCCAUCUCAUCCGCACCGCACCGCACCGCUGCUUACCUCUGCCGCAGCAGCGCGUCUUCAUCAGCGGCGCAACCGGAAUGGAAAUGGGCAAUCGGCAUGGGAGAAUGGUCGCUUGGUGUUCUUGGAAAAGUAAAAUGGACAAAGGACUCUACAUAGUAUUGGAAGUCAUCCGAUAUCAGGGACUAUCUGCCAAAUUGAAGGUAGUGAAAUAUUCUGAAGAUUCGUGACACCCAAAAACUAAGAAUCGUAGAGUAUAAACAUAUAUAGGAGAUUGAGUACCGGAUAUAAAAGUUGAGCCAUUUCAAAAUGAGCAGCGGCAACGGCAGCAACGUUACGUUACGCACCGUAAUGACUCUACAUGAUAACUACAUGUUCACAGUGGCGCUACUUAAAAUGUUGUACACUUUGUUGCGCAGCAUAUAUGUUGCGAAACUUGUAAAUUCAUACAUGUUGUGAGACGUAACAGAUGGAUUUUACCUCUCUGUCAGCUGUCUCUGUUAAUAAUCUGUUGAUAACAGUAUUAUUUUCCGCGGCUUAACUCGGCUUGUUCCCCUGUUUAAAUAGAUUUUUGAAUGGUUUUGAAUGGUAAGCUAGGGUGACCUGUAUACCGGAUUCGUGUAGAUGUAUCGUCUGCCCAUCCGCCGAUCCGUUUCAAUCUCCCGAGGAGGAGGAGGUGGCCAAGGCGCAGCAGGAUCAGCGGCAACAGGUGGCACAGGGACAGGCCCAAGCUCAGGUUCAGGCUCUGCAACAACAGCAGCAGCAAGCAUUAGCGCAGCAGAAACUGCAGGUGACGCGCAACCUCUUUAUCACCUCCCACCAACAGCAGCACCUGCCCUGUCGACCAGAACGACACCUUCAGGAGAACAUGUCAGUAUCAGCCGACAUCAGCAUAAUUUUGCCCACUUGCUGAUCGACGUACACUUGGCCGCUUAACGGUGGGAAUAUGCACGCACCCAAUGCUGGAGAAAAUCAUUGAAAUGCAGUUCCAGCUCCAGCUCCAGCUCCAGCUCCAUCUCCAUCUCCAGCUCCAUCUCGAGCUAUCAUCAUUUGUGUUUAUGAGGACGUCUGCAUCUCAUAUAUGUAGACCCUCGUGCCAUACAUGCUCGCCCGAACAAUCAGCAAUAUGCUAAAUGGAAAAGCGCACAAAUUGAAUACGGACAGCGCCAUGCAGCCGGACGUGGAAAAGACGGACCCGCUCGCAGCAGGCGCCAGCGGCAGCAGCACCACCACCGCCCCCACCACCCGCGUUAAGAUCGACAUUAGUAGCUGCCCCUCGACUAAUCCGACAACUGCUGGCGACCCGUCGGGGGGCGGAAGCUCCCACCUCCUCAUGGUGCCCGUGCCCACACACCACAAUCUGCAGCUAGAUAAAAUUUCCGUACGCUCGAUUAGUUCCGAGGAUAUAUCGAAUGGCGGCCCCGGUAGAUGCUGCAACGCCGCAGCUCGUAAUCCGGCCAUAAAAACGGGGCGACGGCUGCAGCUGAUGCAGAUGAUAAUUCUGCCAUUUAUACCAAUAUUGGCAUUGAUUGUGCAAACUUCGGUGACACUACAAGAGAUCCUGGAGUACCGAGCCGCCGUGGCUGACAUCGAGACGCAGGUGACCAUUGCAACAGACCUGGGAAAGGUGGUCACGCGACUGCAGCUGGAGCGCUCCGAGGUGGCCUUCUACAUCUUCACCAACGGCAGCAAGCAGCGGGCCAAUCUGACGCAGCGUUUCGCCAUCACGGACCAUGCUCUGAACAACCUGACCACCUGGAGUGAGAUCAGCGUUCCAACGGCACCAGACGAGGAUGAGGACGAUCGCGAGAUGAUGUUGAACAGAAAUGACUUCCAGAGUCGGUUGAAUGAGUUCCGCGACCGUGUGCGCUUCGAGCCCGAGGAAAGCUCCAUCACGGAGGUUAUGAACUGGUACACAUCCAUAAACCGCGGACUGCUGCACCACCUAAACGAACAGAUCAAGGAGACGGACAACAGUGGAGUGUGGCGGUAUCUCGUCGGAUUCAAGAACUUGCUGAAGAGCAUCGAGUGCCAGAACAUCGCGACAUCUUUCGGCAUACGCUACUACGGACGGGGCUCGCUGACAGCCGAGAACUUUGUCUCCUACGUGCGCUACGAGUUCAUGGCCCGCGAAAUGAUCAACUCCACGCUGAACUACGCGCCCAUGUUGAAGAGCAUGUACACCAACAUAACCAGCACCAAGAAGUUCCAUCGCGCCAAGAAAAUGAGCAACACUCUGCUGAAGAACAAUCCGAAUGUUUCCAACGAACGCAGCGCCAUCGAGUACUACGAGCUGAUGAAUAACUACACGGACGAUCUGAGAAUACUGCAGAAGGCUCUCCGACGUCAGAUCAAGGAGUAUGUAGACAAGACCCUGGUGGAGGCUGACCGAAAGGAGGCCAUCGGAAUCGCCAUCCUCGUCGUCGUCCUGCUUGUGUCACCCGUCAUCAUCAUUUUGGUGCGGAAUGCAGCUGCCACCAUACAGCACUACGCCCUGAAUCUGUCCCAGAAGGCAAAGGAGCUGAAGCGGGAGAAGCGCAAGAGUGACUCACUGCUCUUCCAGAUGCUGCCCCCUAGCGUGGCCAUGCAGCUGAAGCAGACGCAGCAGGUUCCCGCCGAGCUCUACGAGGCUGUUACCAUUUACUUCAGCGACAUUGUGGGCUUCACCGAAAUCGCCGCGGAAUGCACCCCGCUGGAGGUAGUGACCUUUCUCAACUCGAUCUACCGCGUGUUUGACGAACGCAUCGAAUGCUACGACGUCUAUAAAGUGGAGACCAUCGGCGACUCCUACAUGGUGGCAUCCGGUCUGCCCGUGAAGAACGGGAACAAGCACAUCACCGAAAUAGCAACAAUGGCGCUUGAUUUAAUGGACGCAUCGUCAGUGUUUCGGAUCCCCAGGGCCGGCGACGAGUUCGUUCAGAUACGGUGCGGCAUGCAUACGGGACCAGUGGUGGCCGGCAUAGUGGGCACAAAGAUGCCUCGCUACUGCCUCUUUGGGGAUACGGUGAACACGGCUUCGCGCAUGGAGAGCACCGGCGAGGCCCAUAAAAUACAUAUCACAGAGGAGAUGCAUGACUCGCUACAGCAGGUGGGUGGGUUUAAGACAGAGCAUCGCGGCCUCAUCGAUGUGAAGGGCAAGGGGCUGAUGAGCACCUACUGGCUGACGUGCAAGGAUGGGCCUGUGCGGGUGCGUGAGGAGAUCUCUUGGCGGGCGGACAUGCAACCGGUAUUCCUGGAUCAUCUCAAACUGCAUCCCCCAAUCGACUACAAGCUGCCCAAGCGAAAAUAAGCCGCAAGUGGUACAUACAAGUGUACGUGGCGUAUGUCUAGCCUAGGCCAAAUUACUGUUAUCUAUUCACGUAUCCGUGUGCAGGAGUGCGUGUAUGUAGUUGCUGCUUUCUCCGUUUCUGUUGCUGCUGCUGUCGCUCUCUGUCUCAGUGUGUUUGUGCCAUGUCCUAGAAUCUAUCUGUGUGUUCCACUUUUCUUCUGUUUUGACGCUUUGACGCCCAUGCGUCUCCAUAUAAUCUGCAAUGUGAACAACGAGAUUGAAAAGAUAAAAUACAUACAAUUUAUAAACCAAA